GCAGGAUCGCUCCAGGGCAGCCAGGGCCACGCAUCCCUUCCCGGUCCUCUGGAGGGUUCAUGCAGGGUCCCAGUCGCCCCCCUGGCCAGCGCUCCCUCUAAUCCACACAAUGGGCUUGUGAAGGCGGAUGCUCCUGAAGGCUCUAGCGCAGCUUACGCUCAUUGGAUGAUGGGCGACGACGGACUCUGUGGCCACCCCAGACCUGUGGAAAUCCUCGACAUCUGUUUGGGAGACAACCUGCAGCCCCACUCGGAAGCCCACCUAGGGGACACCUAUGGCCACCCUGAGCCUCUUGAACCUCACGGGGAGCAGACCUGGGCCCCUGUCCCUCCUGAUGCUGUGAGGCCCGAUGUUUGUCCCCAGGGCUCCAGCCCAGAGCCCACGCACCUGGGAAGCGGCUCUUCCCAGGAACAGGCAGGACAGAAAACCACCUCCCCCGGGUCUUCCAGGGACAGCCAGCCUCUGGGGAGCCCAGGGCAGAGCCAGAGCACGUCCACACAGGUGGUGUUCUGGGCGGGGAUCCUGCAGGCCCAGAUGUGUGUGCUGGACCUGGAGGAGGAGCUGGAGAAGACGGAAGGGCUCAGAGCUGAGCUGAGAUGCUGCAUUCCCGCGGCCCCUGCAGACCUCCCCACUUUUCCCUCCAGCCCAGUUGGCUCCCGGAACUCGGGCCUCCUCCCCAGCCCACCUGUGGAUGCAGAUGAGGCCUCGGGGGAAGACAGCAGCGGGCCAGAAGGAGAGACCCAGAACCCAGCAUGGCCAAGGGAGGGCGCACUGGACUUGUCUCCCGAGUGGAGUGCCGAGGAGGAGAGCAUCUUCUUUGACAACCCGCUCUUCCUGGAGAGCCCUUGCUCGGACACCAGUGCAUCUGAAACGCACUUUUCCUGGGGCUUCUCGGACUCCUAUGUAGAUGUGAGGACUGGGCCCCAGAGCCCACAGACCCUGGAGCCUCCACCCCCAGGAGGCAGAGUGCCCUGGGAGCUGGGCGGUGAGCCGGAUCUGGGGGAGAGCACAGCAGAGUCCAGCAGGCACACCACCCCUCCAUUCCCUGUGCCCACCUACAGGCCACACUCUUUCUCCUGGGUCGUGGUGGAUACCCCCGAGGGGGCUCCCUCAGCACCUUCCAGCCAGGAGGAGACCGAGAGUUCUCUGAGAGACAGCCUUGAGCCUGCCUCACCUGCAGCAUCCUGUGUGGAUCAAACACUUAGCUGGGAGACAGAACAUGUGGAAUCUAAUGGCAGACGCGCCACACAUCCAGUGCAACCUUGGGCCGGGCCCAGCACCCAGGGCUGGCCAACCAACGUCAUUCCUUCCUGGCCCCCAGGGCCUCUUAGCUCCCAGGACAGAGGUAACAAGGAUACAGAGUGUGUCCAGGAGUCUGCUCCCUGCACCGUGGCCCCUGGCCACCCCUGGGGGAGCCCAGCCUCUUCGCCAGAGCCAAGCAGCCCUGAGUCUGGGGUCAGAGGCUCCGACUCCCUGCCCAGCCCUGUCUCCUCCCGGGAAGGCAGCCUGCGGCUGCAGGGCCAUCCCCCAGUCAGUGUUCUUCCUGAGUGGACACUAGAUGCUCCAAGCCCUUCAUUCCUGGAGACAGAUGGGGUGGAGCCAGGUUCCCUGGAAAAAGAGGAGGCAGGAGAGGCCCCAAACCAAGGGAAGGAAGUAAAGUUAAGCCCCGCCAGGACUGCGGAGGCCGGAGCCAGACAGCCUGAUGCUUGCCUGACUUCUGCAAAAACGCUUCCUGGGAGCCCUGUGCCCCCAGAGGAAGGCCAGAGGCCCCCGGCUGGAGACAAGCUGGCGAAUGGCGUCAGGACUGACAAGGUGGCCUGGAACUUGGCCUCUCGCCUCUAUCACCUGGAGGGCUUCCGGAAGUCUGAAGUGGCCGCCUACCUGAGGAAGAACAAUGACUUCAGCAGGGCCGUGGCUGAGGAGUACCUGUCCUUCUUCCAGUUCGGAGGCCAGAGCCUGGACCGCGCGCUCCGGGGCUUCCUCCAGGCCCUGGUGCUCAGCGGGGAGACCCAGGAACGAGAGCGGAUCCUGUACCAGUUCUCCAAGCGCUUCCAUCACUGCAACCCCGGGCUUUUCUCCUCAGUAGACUGUGUGCACACCUUGACCUGCGCCAUCAUGCUCCUUAACACGGACCUGCACGGACAGAACAUUGGGAAGAGCAUGAGCUGCCAGGAAUUCAUAACCAACCUGAACGGCCUGCGGGACGGCGGGAACUUCCCCAAAGAACUGCUCAAGGCCCUCUACUGGUCUAUCCGAAGUGAGAAGCUCGAGUGGGCCGUGGAUGAAGAAGACGCAGCCAGGCCCGAGAAGGCCCGGCCAUCUCCCCCGGCUGGCAAGAUGAGCAACCCUUUCCUCCAGCUGGCCCAGGACCCCACGGUGCCCACCUACAAGCAGGGCUUCCUGGCCCGGAAGAUGCACCAGGAUGCGGAUGGCAAGAAGACGCCAUGGGGUAAGCGCGGCUGGAAGAUGCUCCACACCUUACUUCGAGGGAUGGUCCUCUACUUCCUGAAGGGAGAGGACCACGGCCUUGAUGGGGAGAGUUUGGUGGGGCAGAUGGUGGAUGAGCCGGUGGGGGUGCACCACUCACUAGCCACCCCCGCCACCCACUACACCAAGAAGCCACAUGUCUUCCAGCUGCGCACGGCCGACUGGCGCCUCUACCUCUUCCAGGCACCCACUGCCCAGGAGAUGACUUCCUGGAUCGCGCGCAUCAACCUAGCCGCCGCCACGCACUCGGCUCCGCCUUUCCCUGCCGCGGUGGGCUCCCAGCGCAAAUUCGUCCGGCCCAUCCUGCCCGUGGGCCCAACCCAGGGCUCCCUGGAGGAGCAGCAUCGAUCCCACGAGAACUGCCUGGACGCUGCCUCUGACGACCUACUGGAUCUGCAGAGGAACUUACCCGAGCGGCGAGGCCGCAGCCGGGAGCUGGAAGACUACCGCUUGCGGAAGGAGUACCUGGAGUACGAGAAAACUCGCUAUGAGACCUACCUGCAGCUGCUCGUGGCCCGUCUGCACUGCCCGUCGGAAGACCUGGACCUGUGGGAAGAACAGCUGGGGCGGGAGGCUGGAGGCCUGCAGGAGCCCAAGCCCAGCCUGAAGAAGUCCCACUCCAGCCCGUCGCUGCAUCAGGAUGAGGCCCCCACCACGGCCAAGGUCAAGCGCAACAUCUCGGAGCGCAGAACCUACCGGAAGAUCAUCCCCAAACGGAACCGCAAUCAACUGUGAAGCCGGGGCCACCUCACCAACUCCCCCCCCCCCCCGAAACCUGGGCCUGCGGUGGAUUUGGGAUGAAACCCUAGGAAGAGUCUUAUGUCAGCGGGUCCAUGCUGAGGAUGGGGCCCUGCCUCUUCCCCAUGGAAGGAUACCCUAGUGUGGUCCCCCCCCUUCUCUCCCUCGCACACCACACUGGAGUUCUGACACUGUUGCCCCCACCCCUGCUGCUCCCAAGAGAGGACAGAGGUCAAGGACUUGACUCAGCUGCCACAGUUCAUCCCAUUCCACCCUCCAUCCCUUCAGAAGCCACAGAGGACACCUUUCCUGGACCUGGGGGAUUUCUCAGCUCUCUGAGAGUCAGAGGCCCCGCGAGCUCCCUCAUCCUGGAGGACAAAGACCAGGGCAGCAGAGACCUCGGCGCAGACAGGCUAGGGGAGCUGCAGCGCUGGGAGCGGUCUUGCUCUGGAAGUCAGGUGACUUGCUAGAAGAGGUCCUGGGAGACCCCAGCUGGGCCCUGCCCACUGCGGGGAACAGCAUUCUGGGCAGGAGCAGAGACUCGGCAAGUUCAAGGGCUCAGUGAGGCUGGCUCUGGGGCCCCCUGCCUUUGUCUGGUCUUCCCUGCAUCCUGCACACACAGGGGGCAGAUGAGAGAGGCCCUGCCUCCCAUGGCCAAUGGCUGAUCAUCAGAGUGGAACCGAUGGUGGUCAGCGAGGGCCGGAAGGGGUGGGGCGCCCAGAGCUCAGUGGAGAGCCCUGCAGCAAGGGCCUUUGCCUCCCCAGAGCAGGGAAGGAGGUGCUCCAGGUUCGGGGAGGCUAAGGGUAAGAGGUGGUGAUGCAUGCUGUGUUCCCUGGGGGCUCUGGAGAGUUGUGAGGCGCGGUGAAGGCCUGGCUCUCUCCCUACACACCCCUCCCCUGGAAGCUCCAGGACUCACUCAGGGACCCCUUCCCUGCCCCAGCUUGCUCCCAGGGGCCCUUGCCACCUCCCUGGGAAGCCCCCUUGUGCUCCCUUUGGCUGCGUCCCAGCUGGGCUGUUCACCGGACACUCGAGGACCCAAGGCUUUGCCUGUGGGAAGGAGGCCGGGCCGCCAGGCAGCCACCAUUGUCUCUGUUCAGCCAAGUGUGAGAGCCGGCUGCCCGCCAAAAGGGGCCUCUUGCUACCCGCCUGCUGGCUGACGCAUGUACGGCCUCUCCAGCCUUCCUGCCGCCCUGCCCUCCCCUUCGUGCUUGUAACCAGCCCUGGGGCCUGCAACUCCACCGGGUGGGGCUGGCACUUGAGGGUCACCAACAAGUGUCUGCCCGUGGCUGGGCCACACACCCAAUGGGUGCACAAUAACAGACCAGUGAAGAAGGAGGUGUGUACCAGUGAGGGGCGUGGGAGGGGCAGGCAGCUCUGGGCAGCUGAGGCCACCUGCAGGGUGGCAGGCUGGGUUUCCUUUGCUGUGUGUGUGCAUGUGCGUGUCUGUGUGGGUCUGUGUGUGCAUGUGCGUGUCUGUGUGUGCAUGUCUGUGAAUGUGUGUGUAGCACGCUAAUCGUGUGCAGGAGUCACAUAGGCUGUCACAGCAGGAGGGGACCUCAGAAUCAUUGAUUCAUCUGCUCAUGGGUUCAUUCUUUCAUUUCUCCAAUAAUAUUAAGUACCUUUAUGGGCCAGUACUAUGAGAUUCAGGCAUGUCCCUGGCCUCCAGGAGAGGACCAUCCUGUUCUCUGGUGCCCAACUGGCAGUAUAGAGUGGCCCUGGAGACAUUCCCAUCCUAUGCCCAGGAAUCUGGAUCCAGUAGGUCUGGGUCAGAGGCACCAACAGUAUUUUUAAGGCUCCUUGGGCCACUCUGAUGGCCAGAGGCCAAUUGUCUCAUUUGAUUAGGGUGGUAGACUAGCGCCAUGUGGACGUGACUUGGCCCACAAGUGAUGCUUACAGGCUGAACCACCGUGAGUGGGUUAUUUGACCUCACUGACCUGUAUCCUUAUUUCCAAAACCAGAAUAAAAGGCAGAGGUGUGUUGGCGUGCUUGCA